AUGUCACUGGGACGGUGUUUGCAAUCCCGGGAGGACCUUGGACGGGACACGUCUGAGGCUGCCUCAUUCUAUCACCAGAGCAUGUCUCUUAUGCACGAUGUCCCGUCAAUCCCAGCCCACUGGGUUGGCAUGGCCAGGUUUCAUUUCUUGCGGGCUAUCUAUUUGAUGCAAGCCGAUGACUUGCAGGCCGCAGGACAGGCCAUCUCGGCGUCACUACAAUACGCCUGGCAGUGCAAACUCAACGAUCAGUCAGUUUGGUCUUGUAAACCACAAGAAUCUUUGUCACGGAAAAGACUAUGGUGGGCAAUAUACUGCAUGGAACGCCGGCUUUGCCAGAAGAUUGGAAAACCGUCUGGGAUCUGUGACAAAGAAGUAGCAGUCGAUGACCUUGUAUCAAAGGAACAAUUGAUGGUCUGUCAAGACUUGGAUGUUCUUCCAGAGCAAAUCAGCCAGGACGACUUGCAUCUCCAGAUACUUGUCAACAUCAGCAGGUUAUGGGGCAAAGUUUGGGAUAAGUUCUUUAGGGCUGGGAGUCAUACCUCUGACAGUGAUGAAGAGGUGGACAUGAUGAGCCUUCGGAUAUCCCACCUCCACCGUAACGUUCCGGCCAUAUUCCAGUGGUCUAAUAGUAUCCUGGAUAAUCUGGUUGAAGGCUCUGAGCUAGACUUGCACACAUCCAGAAGAUUAGUGAUUCACGUGCGUUACACUCUUCUCCGACUUUUAGUCCGCCAGAACCCAACACGGACCGAGCCUGUUAAUCUUGAACAGGCAAGAUUCUGCCAUAUGCUGGUUUCUGAAGUGAUUGACACCCUCUCCAAACUUAUCGCUGUAUAUUCGAUCCCGAGAAUCGCCUCUCUAGCGUAUUUCAUCGCUUCGGCUCUCACCGAGUGCAGCUACCAUGUUGCUGCAGUCCUUCAUAACCCGGUUUGUAAGGCUGAGCGUUUACCUGCAUUACAAACGAUGAAGAAGUUAAUAGAGUCUCUCAAACUACUAUCACCAUCAGUCAAAGCCGCCCAACGAGCCUACUCAAUACUUAACCCUCAAGCCAUGUAUGCUUUUCAAAGCUCCAUGAAUUGUGGUCCCACAAUCGAUGGCUCCAACACCCCUUUACAAUACCAAGAGAUUGGAGCUGAAGCCUACUUGCAGUCCAUGUUCGAGUCUUGGCAUGGCUUGCCACUGGCCAGUUCCAACCUACCUCAAAGCUUUGAAGGUUGCUCUGCAAUACUCAAUGAAAUUGGAAUAGUAUCACCUGAUAAUUUCAGAUUUGAGACAUCAUCUGGCGGUGCUGCGUUGGGCCUGCCGUUCUCUGCAGAUGGUGCAGCGAACGCCGCGACAGAUAUGGACGAACUGUCAUUCCCGUAUCUUUACUUACCUGAUAUUGGAUAG